GUAACGCCAAAGCUAUUUCUCUGUUGAUAUUAUUUUUAUCGUAAUAUCGAAGUAUUUCUAAUAUUUCAAUAAGAAAUAAUUAUUUCAUAAAUGCAGUAUGGAUUUAUAUCAAUGUUUUCAUAAUUUGUAUUAUGUGUUUCUUUAAUACAAGUGUAUCUAUCGGUCUAAAAAUUAUUGGCGGUAAGGCCAUGUAUUCCAACAUAAAUAUUUUGCUUAUUGGAAACCUAUUGGCCAACAAAGGGCAUUAGGUAGAUAACUCUUAUUCAGUUUAAUCUUCGAAGUGCAUUUUUUCUAAUUUAUUCGACAUGAAUGAUGUACGUGAAAAGGUUGCUGGUUCAUCUUGGGAGAAUAAUGUGGGGCAAAGUGAUUCAUCCCCAGAGCUUCAGUCAAGUCCCAGUGGUAGUGGGGAAACUCCUCAAACACCUGGUACACCAGCUCCAUUGGCACCACAUCUUGCAGCUGACUUACAUCCUGAUCUCAUACAACAAGGUUGGCGAAAAUUUUGGUCAAAGCGUGAAAAUAGGCCCUAUUUCUGGAAUAGAAUAUCUGGAGAGUCCAUGUGGGAAUUACCUGCAUUAAAAAGAGAUUUUGAUCCACUAACUGACCCUUUAGGUAUAUGUCAUGGACCACCUAAUGCAGGAAAUACAACACCAAGUGCUAGUAAAAGACGACCUUCAGAAGACAAUGGCCCACCUCCUAAGAAAUUUAUUCUGGCUGGUCCAUGGGAUAUUGAAGUCCCUACAAAUGUUGUUAUAUAUGAAAGACCUCCUACCAUUUGUCCUCAUCCACAUCCUGAAAUUGAAGGGUUUAGAUUUACACUGGCCAAUAAGUUAAGACAGUGCUAUCAGGAGCUAUGUCACACUAGAGAGAGCAUAGACGCACCAAAGGAUUCUUUUAAUCGUUGGUUAAUGGAGCGCAAAGUUAAUGAUCAGGGUGGUUCAGAUCCCCUACUACCUAGCCACUGCUUUCCAGAAAUAUCAAGAUCAAUGUAUGAAGAAAUAAUGAAUGAUAUCCCAAUAAAGUUGACUCAUCCAAAGUUUACUGGAGAUGCAAGAAAACAAUUAUCAAAGUAUGCAGAAGCUGCAAAAAAAAUGAUUGAAUCCAGGAAUGCAUCCCCUGAGAGCCGGAAAGUAGUAAAGUGGAAUGCUGAAGAUACGUUUCAAUGGCUUCGUAGAACUGUUGGGGCUACAUAUGAUGAUUUUCAGGAUAGGCUAGCUCACUUGCGCAGGCAAUGUCAACCUCAUUUAGCAGAAACUGCUAAAGCAUCUGUUGAAGGAAUAUGUUUAAAAAUAUAUCAUUUAUCAGCUGAAUAUGCAAGAAAAAUAAGGGAAAAGCAUAGUGUACUCCUUAAAGAAAAUGGAAUUCAGGAAAUGCAUGCUCCACUCCAGCAAGCAGCACUGAGAAAGGUGUGGUGCUAUCCGGUGCAAUUCGCCCUUCCUGCCCCACGGCCACCACUUGUUGAGCACUUUCUGGAUAGAGAUCAGGUCUUGCUGCGUUACUUAGGAGAGACACAAGUACUCAACGCCACAUAUCUCCAAAAAUUAGAACAUUUGUACAGAUACAGUUGUUUCGACGACAAAAAGUUUGAGCAAUUUCUGUCCCGCGUGUGGUGCCUACUGCGGCGGUAUGCUGCGUGGGUAGGUGCAGCGGGCGCGGGGGGUGAAGCGCACAUGACACAGAUGUCGCUGCCGGUCCCCGUGCUGGAGUGUCUGCACCGGUGCUUUGGAGUCACCAGUGAAUGCUUCGCAAGCCCGCUGGAUUCGUACUUCCGGCAGUACUGCUCAGCGUUUGCAGAUACGGACUCUUACUUCGGUUCACGUGGUCCUUUUUUGGAGUUGCGUCCGGUUUCUGGGUCGAUGGUGGCUCACCCUCCGUACUGUGAGGAGUUGCUGGAGGCCGCGUUAAGACACAUGGAGCGAUUGUUGCAAGACUCGGCCGAACCGCUCAGUUUUGUAGUGGUGCUUCCCGAGUGGCCCGACAGACAGACACACGCGCUGCACAAACUUCAGGCUAGCCAUUUUAAGCGGAAGCAGGUUGUAAUUCCUGCUUUCGAGCACGAGUAUCGCCACGGAUUUCAACAUGUGCUUCCAAAGAAUGAGAUAUACUUUAGAUGGGGUGGAGGAACGGUAGUUGUAUGGCUACAGAAUGCUGCUGGUUUUGCUCGUUGGGGACCGACUGAGGAAAGGGUGGAAGCAUUACUAGAUGCUUGGAGACCUAAAGCAAAACUAAGAAACUCGGAAGAAUCUGCUCCCCCGCUGCCCAUGACCAAUGAAACCGAACCUACUGCUCAACCACAAACUCCCACAAAUGACAAACGUUAGUUGUUAUUUUUAUAGUCCGCCCAUACUAUAUUGCAAUACAUAAUCAAUUUAUGUAUGACUGUUUCAUGACAUGAGGCUACUAGACAUUUUGUCUAUGGUAAUUUUUCAUGUGUAAAUAAUGAACUUUACAAUGUGGUAUUUGAUAAUUUUGGGCAAAAUUUGGCAUUAUUGUGUAGCAGAUAGUUGUGAUAAAUAUUAAUGAUCCUUUUUUUUUUAUUAAGUAUUUACAUCCAAUCUAAAAUGCAUUUCUUUUAUCGUCACUGUGGUACAAGUCCAUGUUUCUGAAUAAUAUUCCAUUUUUGUGGAAAUAUAAGUACCAGCUUAGAUCAUUUAUACGUCUAGAUAGACUAUGACAGCUGUGAAAACGUCGAAAAAAAAAUUGAGGCUGAAAGUUAACCUCUAUUUUGAGCACUGCACACAACACUAUCACAGUGACAUACAAAUCGCGAGUGUAAGACGUGGCUUUUGACACACACUAAAUAAACCUGGUGUUUCCUUCGGUUGUCCAGCGGAAAGAGGCUCUAUCUCGACAUAUAAAUUAUUUAAGAGUACCAGUUUCAAGAAAGCAUUGCUGCCUUACUAGUGGUUAUAAUGAAGUUAUAAUUUUGACGAUUAUUUCUUAGAUGAAAUAGUCAAAUGAAAUCAUGUAAGAGUACAUUUAUAUAAUUUAUUUGAUUUAAUUAGUGUAAGUAAAACAUGUGUAUAUAUAUAUAUUACAAUAUUAUGUAUAUAGUUAAGAUAAUAUUUAGUUUUAUAAUCUGGUGGCAGUAUUCACAAACAAUAACCUACUUUAGAUAGUUUAAUAGACAUCAUUGAUUUAAAUAUAUUAUACUGUUUGUGAAUACAGGUGUUAGCUUGUUUAAUGAAAAGCCUUUUUUACUGUUGUAUAGUUCUAUAAGACA